GCAGGCGGGGCGCGGCGCAUGCGUGGGGAAGAUGGCGCUACGUCUGCUGCGGAGGGCGGCGCGCGGAGCGGCGGCGGCGCUGCCCAGGCUGGAAGCUUCUCUGACGGCCGAUGUGCCCAGGCGUGGCUAUAGUUCCUCAUCCAAUCACAAGUACAUUCCCCGGAGGGCAGUGCUGUAUGUACCUGGAAAUGAUGAAAAGAAAAUAAAGAAGAUUCCAUCCCUGAAUGUAGAUUGUGCGGUGCUCGACUGCGAGGAUGGCGUGGCCAUGAACAAAAAGAAUGAAGCUCGAUUAAGAAUAGUAAAAACUCUUGAAGACUUUGAUCUGGGCCCAACCGAAAAGUGUGUGAGAAUCAACGCGGUGUCCAGUGGCCUGGCUGAAGAAGACCUGGAGGCCGUCCUGCAGUCCCGGGUCCUUCCUUCCAGCAUAAUGCUACCCAAGGUGGAAGGUCCCGAGGAAAUCCAGUGGUUUUCAGACAAAUUUUCAUUCUACUUAAAAGGCCGAAAACUUGAACAACCUAUGAAUUUAAUCCCUUUUGUGGAAACUGCAAUGGGUUUGCUCAAUUUUAAGGCCGUGUGCAAAGAAGCCGUGAAGGCCGGGCCUCCGGUGGGCCUUUGCCUAGAUGCUGUCGUUUUCGGAGGAGAAGACUUUCGAGCCAGCAUAGGUGCAACAAGUAGUAAAGAAGCCCACGACAUUCUCUACGCCCGGCAAAAGAUCGUUGUCGUGGCGAAGGCCUUUGGUCUGCAGGCCGUAGACCUGGUGUACAUCGACUUCCGAGACGAAGAGGGGCUCCUGAGGCAGGCGAGAGAAGGAGCGGCGAUGGGAUUUACGGGUAAGCAGGUGAUACACCCUAACCAAAUUGCAGCCGUCCAGGAGCAGUUUUCUCCUUCCCCUGAAAAAAUUAAGUGGGCUGAAGAACUGAUCGCCGCCUUUCAAGAGCAUCAGCAAUUAGGAAAGGGAGCCUUUACUUUCCGAGGGAGUAUGAUCGACAUGCCAUUACUGAAGCAGGCCCAGAACAUUGUUACGCUUGCCACAUCCAUCAGGGAAAAAUGAUCUGCUAAAUCAAGCUCUCCUCAGGCAACCCUCCUCUCCAACCCACCUGCCCUUCCCAUCCUCUGUGCUGGUCCAGAUGACCCCACCAGGCUCUGACAGGAUGAGAGCGCAAGAUGUGCUAGUGUCCACUCCAGUUACACAGCAACCCCCAAACCCUACAGGGCGCCUCCUCACGCCAGGAGCUCCCUGAGAGCCGAGCCCUCCCUGUGAGGAACCUCAGGUGCGGGGGUGAAGGCCUUUGGAUCUUGGGAAAAGCAGUCCCCUCAGCAGGGUCUGCACACCCAUCACCAACAGGCCCACGGGUUCCUCAGCCCUCGGCCAUGUUGGAACAGUCACCGCACCCUUCAUCUCAAGCUGCACUUUGUUCAAACAAAGCCACCUUGCUCUCUAAGUCUCCCCAAGCUUCAAAUCCAUCAUCUUCCUUAUAACCCCCUGGUCCUGGUGAUGGUAGGGUCAUGAGACAGGAACCCACGAGAGCCAAAAAUCUGGACCAAGGGCCCACUCUGAGCAGAGACUAAGGAGGGCUCUGGAAAGGGUUGGUGGGAGUCAUACCUGUUGUGCCUCAUUCCUUGAAGAAUAAAAACUUCAGGACAAGGAGAUGCUGGGAGAUAAGGUCUCCCCUCUGUUUUCUCACCUGCAUCUCUUUGGGGGGUGGGGCACAGGUAUCCCAGGGAGCGAGGAACUGGGUGAACAGAUCCCACCUAGCAUGAUAGCAAUGCCAACCUGGAGAACUCUGUGCUAGGCAUGGGCCCCAAAAAGAGGACUUUGCAGUCGAUCUGAUCAAUUUAAAUUUCAAAAGAAGAUACCUGUUUUUAUAUUUUCUGUAGCUCAUCACAAACCGCUUUGCCAUAUCACCCCCCUGUUAUUAAUUCGUGGGGCCUAAAUUAUGGGCAACACUAUUAAAACAUUAUCAGAACUAAUGAGAAACAAUUACUUAGAAAAUGAGCCCAGACAAGAUUGAGUUGAGAACAUCAGUGGUGAUCACCGUAGAUUAGUUUAAUAAAUCAUCAGGUGCAAAGCAAGACUGACUGUAUGUGUGCAAAGCCCUGUCACGGGAAAAUGAAAUUGCGACUUUUUUUGCAUAAUUUUUUCAUUAAUCUCAAUAGGACCCGUGUGGUGUAGAUUGUUUUAUUCCCCUAAUACCUUGCCUGAGGGGGGUGCCCAAUAAUGUCUUCAUUGUUUUACUGUGGUCUUAAUGACACUCGGUGACAACCUCAUUUUAAUGUAUAGAGGAUUAUAUCAAUACAAUCAUGUUUUAUUGAAAUGGCGAGGGACACUCUGGCGGAGUCGGGCAGCGUCCCGAAGCACAAGUUGGGAAGUUUCCCGGGCAUCUGGGAGCUGGUCCUUUCAUAUCUGCAGUGUUCAACCGCUGGCUGCCCUUCUGGCUGGUCCUCAGGGACGGCUGGGAAAAGUGUCCUCCAGAACGAGACUUUCCCACCUCCGAUUUGAAUUUCAAAGGAACUCGUUUUCUGGCAUAUUUUGCUAGGUAAAUGGGAAAAGACCAUGUAGGGUUGUUGCCCCCUUUACUAAAAUACACGCGCAAUUAUUAUCAUUAACACCUUUGCCCCUAAUCGUUCUGCCGGCUGGAAAAACGGAUUUUCUUUGGGUGCUUUGAAUUGCUAACGACAUCUUAAGGAGUGAAAUAAAAGAAUACGCGCUUUUUU